UGUCAAUUUUGAAGGAAAAAUAAAAACAAAUCGAAAUUUGAAUAUAUGCCAUUUAUAUAACCAUAAUUUUUAAUUUAUAAAUAUUCAAAUUGUAUGCAAGUCAGACUACUAGGGAGAAGAAAUGACGAUCGAGGUUACAAUAAAAUUGACUAAAGGACAUGUUUUCCUGACUGGGGAAAGUGUAGAAUGUAGUAUUAGCUUUUCACACCAGUUAUCAGCAAACCAUACAAUUUCACAAAGCAAUAGUAAUACAGUAGAAAAUGUUGCGUGGGGCUCUGUUCAAAUAUAUUGCCACUGUUUCACAAGUCCCAAGGUCAAUAAAGAUAAUAAAUUACAAUCUAAUGAUACACCUAUGUUUGCUGGAACAUCUUUAGCGAUAACUCCAGAAUCAGGGUUAACAGUGUUUUCUACGAAACCUAAAAUUCUAUUUUGUGAUUUGAAAUUAUAUCCUGGUCAAACAAAGACAUAUAACUAUAAAGAAAAAAUACCUAAUGAUGCCCCUCCAUCAUAUAGAGGUCAAUUAGUGAAAUAUUGCUAUAAGAUAACUGUGGGUACCCAAAGAGUUAAUCAUCCUGUAAAAUUAUUGAAAGUUCCUAUAAGAGUACUACCUCUUAUAGAAGUUUCAAUGUCAGACGCAGGAGAAAUAUAUAACGAGACAACGGAGGAAUUAACCCCAACUAAUCCAUUUCUUGAAGUUCGUCAGAAUGAAAAUCCAUUGAAUCUAGCACUUCAGACUCUUCAAAAUAUAACAGCAAGAAGAAACCCUAACUUUUAUAUGAUAUCAAAUAAGAGAGGCAAAGUAGCUCGAUUCUGUUUAUUUAAGCCUGCUUAUAAGCUUGGGGAAGACAUAGUUGGGUCUCUUGAUUUUACUGUUGCUACUGUAGAAUGUAUGCAAUUAUCUGUGGCACUACAAUGUCAGGAAGAAGCUUUAGGUUUGCAAGAAACCAAACUUCAUACUUUCAGUAGACAUCAUGAAGUUUGUUUUGGAUUCCAACAUACUCAACUUGUGUUGCCUAUACCAUUACAUGUCACACCUGCCUUUACCACCAAAUUAGUUAAUCUGAAAUGGAAUCUACAUUUUGAGUUUGUCACAAUCGCAUCCAAAAAACAUGAAACAAUUAAAUCACCUGAUAAUUGGCAAGCUCCAUCUGAAGUUGCUAUCGAAACAAUGGUGUGGACCCUUCCUAUACGACUCUAUUCCACCACACCUGCAUAUGUUGCUCAAGGAAUUCAGUCUAAUGAUAUUCAUACACUAUUCAUCAGAUGAAUUAUUUAUAUUAUUAUAUUUAUACAAAAUAAAAUGGCAAAAUAACUGCCAUUUAUGUUCUGUUGAUUUAUAUAUAUAAUGAAUUAAUUAUAUGAUUAAAUUGUG